AUGUCUGUCAAAGCCACAGAGACCCAGAUUGGGAUUUACAACAAUACCAAAUACACGAUCUCUGCCCGCAUCACCAAUGACAACGCUGAUACGGGGGGUCUCGGAUUCUUUGAUAUCGAGCCAGGAAAGACCGAAUUGUGGAAGCGAGGCCACUGGCAAGUGGCCUUCGUGUUGAAGAGGUCGUACGAGCCAUCUGACAACCAGGCGGAGACUUUGGUUGUGAAGCCUGGAGAGAUCUACAAUAUCAACGAUGACUAG